AUGAGGCCACCAAAUAUUUCUUUGGUUGCCGUCUUGUCGGUAUUCCUGCUACUCUCUUGCCUUCUUGGCAGCGCGGCUGGAUCUGCUCAUCAACAGCGCCCAGGUCGUUACCAGGUCGUGCACGGUAACCGCCUCAUUGAGGCUCGCCAGCCAGAUGGAGAGCCCACUGAUGACUAUGGCCCCCCUCCCCCAUACUAUUACACGGGAGAACCUGCUGUUCCCACUGAGAUGACCUCCUAUUCUACUUCUGAGAAAACCACAGCGACGGAUAUUGACACUGGAUCCUCUGAGGCGAGUGUGACCUCUGGAUUGCACGUAUCUUCCGGAAACUUCACUGUUUCCCUCGGGAUUUCCUCUGCCGCUUUGUCUACCUUGUUCGAUACCAACACUGCUGUGCUGUCUGCUGCUUCGAGUGCCAAGGCUGACAGCACAACCAGCUCCGAGGCCCUGACAGCCGUUGGUACCACAGCUUCUGAAUCAUCUCAUGUGACUGGAACUUCUGGCAACGAGGCAUCUACCAUCUGGAAUAAUAGCACUUCCGCUUCCACCAGCAUGGCUGGAACUACCUCAUUCGAGACGGAACUCUCUUCCACAAGUGCUUUGACUAUCACAGUUUCCACUCUCUUGGCCCAGACAGAGACAACCUCAGACGAUAUCUCUCUCACGGAUAUUGUCUCGAGUCUCGAAGUGUCAGGCACCACCAAUGCGACAGCUAAAACUUCCUCUACUGCCGAGGCCGAGUCGCUCUCGGAAUUCUUUUCAUCGACGUCGCUCGAGGAAAGCUCGCAAGUGACUGCCUUGACCACGACUACAACAAGGUUUUUCAAUGCCACUGUGACAGUCACAGACGUAUCAGAGUCCACUGGACUAACACUGUCGUCCACUACCUACCUCACAUCGAUCAAUGAAAUCCAUUUCGGCCAGUGCAGCUUCUAG